AUGCGCAAGAGGUGGAACUUUUGCGAGGACGACCAGCCGGUUCAGUGGGCCUGUAUAGGCUGGUUCGACCAACCCGGUGCGAUCGUGUCCGCUUCGUCACUGCGUCCCGCGCACUACGCGUAUGACUACCAUGACCAGACCACACCCAUUGCGGAGGCAUCUGAACGGGAGACCUUCGGACCCUUUGCGCGUGCUCAGCAAGACCACAAACGCGAACAGGAGCCAGGUUCACGGGCCCGUGCGAUAUUCAUCUUCCUGCGAAGCAUCGGUAGGGUGUUCCUCAUGAACGGGAUGGAAUAUACCUUCCACAUUCCGUUCAUCGUCCGGCGAGCGUGGCCUCUUAGUCCGCACGGCGUAAUGAUGCAGCGCCAAAUGGAUCCUAACGAGCUGGAGGAGGCGAAGUUAUCUGGCGAACCUGCGCUGGCAACCAUAUUUGCCUUCACAAACCCUUACGCCGAACCGGCACCUAUAGGUCUUACCGACAAGAUUCUGGGAGGCUUCAACAACAUACCUCCAACGCUGAAAGACGACGACCCACAUAAGGCCAUAGUCACCAUCCCUGCUGAGGAGCAAGUCGUAUUUGUGUCGCAGCGCACGACCCAUACCGCAGACCAAAUCGCUAUCACCGUUGACGCGGCCAAGAAGACGGUGACCAUCUGGCGUUACGCGUUCAUCAAGCCCAAAAACAUACCUUCGAGGCCUCUCCGUCCACGACCCUCCAAAGCACAAAAUCGUCGGUCUUCUGCCAACCUCACACCGAGCCGGCGACACACAGUUGACUCGGGUGACCGUCUCCCUCGCGUGGCGGCGGACGCCCCGGCUUUCAACGCCAUCCAUAUACCACAGCCAACACUAGCGAACCAGACACCCAUGGAAGCGAUGGUUGGUGCCGGUGCUGGCGCAUCGGUGGAUGCUUUGUGGAGCUCGCAACCGGGUCGUGGCAAGCAUGAGAGGCAUGAGUCGCUCGGGCGCCAUGACCUAAGUCAGACACUGGACCGUAUGGCUUUGGGUGGCGGUGGCGGCGGUGGCGCGGCGGCAGCGGAUAGAGGUAUCGAGAGUGUAGACGCAGCGAGAAUGCAAGCUGCUUUCUGGAUGGAACGGUUGGCUACUGCCGAAAUCCCACAGGAAGACACGCUCGCACCCAGAGGCAUCACCUGUGGCCUGUUCGAUCAACGCUUCGACGGCAACGAGUACCGAGCAAUGCUCGCCAUCUGCCUGGUCACGACCCGAAACCUGCUCAUCUACAAGAUCUCCAAGGAAGACAACGCCUACGUGGCGCAGCCCGAGAAACACCUCUCCGCAUUUUGUGUGACAGCCAUCCGCGGCACGCGCGACGUCAUCCGCGACCUGCUUGUUGUCAAGACCGACGGCUCCCUUUGCCUCCUCACCUACGGGCUGAACGAGAUCCCGCUCGAGCUCGUCCGGCCGUGGAAAGAAGGUGACGCAGUCGUCAUGGACGUUGACGGCGUCGCCCAGCCGCCCUCACCCUAUGUCCCCGCGGGCAAGCAGGUCUUGUCUGCCUCGUCUGGCAUCGACUCGCAAGUGAAUUUGAUGUUCCCGGACAGGACCCAGGUCCGGGCGACGAUCGACCUAGUCCCCAAGGACCACUUGACGCGGCAGACCAUGCUGAUGCUCGCCCUUGUUCUGCCGAUCGAUGACUACUUCGAGCUUCACCGCAGUUUCCUUGUGAAGUGGUCGAACAAGGGUUUAGCUUCGACGGAAGAUGUGCCGUUCAAGAUGUUGGUGGAGGCGCUGUACGAGACGUUAGGGGUCGCGAAGGACGAACCUCCCGUUCCGGCGACAUCUCACGACGGUAGCGACGCGUGGCAUGCUAUGGCGCUGAUGGGAUCCGCAACGAGGUUCCGUGAAGACCCCGUCAUGAAGAAGCUCCGGCAGCCUAUGCGUCCUACUGCGAAACCUCCUCCGCAGAAGCCAGCGCAGGGACGGAAGCCUAACUCCCUCCUCGCUCCGAUACUCCUCGGGCUGCAUCAUAUUGCGGAGGACAUGCGCUUCGUGGUGUUCCGAUACAGAGAUCUGCUCACUGUCGUACCUGUGCUGUGCAAGAUCGCCCUAGUCAUUCGACCUGAGUGGGCAGACUAUUGGAAGCGGCUUUGUCCAGACGCAUUGCCAUCUUGGCCUUCACCCGCGCAGACGAUCGUGGAAAACGUCGACGAUCGCCUACCCGUCUGGCCGCCCGACAUGUCCGCCAUAUUAUAUGGUCGAGUCAACAACCCUGAUUGGGCCCUUCCCCCGCUGGACAGCAAGACGCUCGCAGCUGGCUUCAAGAUCGCCCCAUCUUUCGCCUACGGCAACGGGGAGCCGCUGAUCUACCUUCGGCAACUCACCGAGAUCUAUAUGCCCCUCGCAGACAACAAGGUCCUCGAGACUAGAAAGCGGGCGGACAAUGCGCUGCAGGCGAUGGUGAAUGUCUCUAUCAACGGACACCUCAUUAAGUGCAUGGCGUUGGGUAUUGCCGCUCCACUAAGAGAGGCAUGUCGGACGUGCCAGCUAUCCCCGAGUGGCGAAUGGUCCAUUCCUGCGUAUUCUUUGAUUGGUAGGGAAGACCUUGCUGAGGUGAUGAAUGCGUCGACGGAGCCGCCCUACACUCGAGGAUACCGUCCCAUCAAGGAAUUCAUCACACCGAGCGUGCCUCGCAGGACAAUUCGCGAACACGUAGUGAGAACUGUCAGAUCCAUCACCGGCGAAUUCGCUGUGGUCACCGGGGUGGAAAUGGACUUGUUUGACUUCACUCAGAUUCGCUUCGGGCAAGACAAGCGUUUGGAAGAGGUGGCGCGCAUGUUGUGUUCGUCACUCAUUCCGACUGUCCGAGCACUUGAGCGGCCGGAACUGAGUGAACACGACCAAGCCAAGGAGCGUCAACAUCAAGUCAUCCGACUGGCUGAAAGAACCCUCGCUCUGCCUUUGGGUCGAGCACUCUUCACUUUCGGCUCCGCUCCGACACUCACCCGUGAAGCAUACGGCAUCCCGAAGAUCGAGUUCACUGUUCGACUUUCGCCCAUGAACACGCUGCUUGCACCUGAGAUCGGGAAGAUACCGAUAGAGUGCACGAACUGGGGUGAGUUCCACAACGGAAUAGCCGCAGGACUGCGGAUCUCUUCGCAAGCGAGUACGGUGGAGAGCACUUGGAUCAAGUUCAACAAACCCGCUGAACUGACCCCCGAGCACGCGGGGUUCUUGUAUGCGUUAGGACUCACCGGUCACCUACGAGAGAUGUUGACGUGGCACACCUUCGGCUACCUUACCCCGAAACACGACAUGACGUCCAUCGGUGUACUCUUGGGGCUCUCGGCCGCCAACAUUGGAACUAGCAACCGACACGUCACUAAGCUCCUCGCUGUGCAUACUCCGGCUCUACUGCCCACGCCAACCGUUGACCUCAACGUUCCGCUGAUCACUCAGACAGCAGGCUUGAUGGGCAUCGGGCUUCUCUAUAUGGGUUCGAAGAACAGGCGUAUGGCGGAGGUCUGUCUGGCCCAGAUCAGUCGUAAGGACCUGUACCAGCCGGACCUCAGCAACGAGUACCGAGAAGCAUACACACUGUCAGCUGCCAUUGCUUGUGGCAUGGUCAUGCUCGGCAAAGGCAGUGCGAUUCCAGCCGACUUGACAAUCCUCGAGCGUCUCCGCGUCCUCGUUCAUGGGGAGGGCCGCACCUUGGUGGACGGGAGACCUACGCGUCCAACAUUCGACGUCAACCUCACUUCCCCCGCAGCGACACUUACUCUUGGUUUGAUGUACCUCCGGACGGAGCGACAAGACGCAGCUGAUAUCCUCGUUAUACCCGACACGCUCGUCACUCUCAACAAUAUACAGCCGAGCUUCCUCAUGUCAAGGGCAAUGGCGCGGUCCAUCAUCAUGUGGGACAAGAUAUCUCCAACAAGGGAGUGGUUCGCGAGUAACAUUCCAGCAGGCAUUCAAGCAGCGGUGGACGCUCGCAUGAAAGGGAAGCCCGAGGACGACGCGUACGAGCUAGCGUACUACAACAUCCUCGCAGGCCUCUGCUUCGCGCUUGGCUUGAAAUACGCUGGGACAGCCCGGGAGGAGGCGUACCUCAUGAUCAUCAGCUACUACGACAUGUUCAGCCAAAUUGCGUAUACCAACAGUCCGGCCUACGAUCACAGAAUCAAGCGCUCCGCGAUCAGGGAAGGCCUCAAUGCCAUCUCAUUGGCCCUGAACAUGGUCAUGGCUGGUACGGGCGAGAUCAACUGCCUACGCAGGCUUCGGUACGCAUACGGCAUGUACAACCAGCCAAUCCGGUAUGGUGCACAUGUCGCUACGCACAUGUCUCUGGGUCUCCUAUUCCUCGGAGGCGGUCGCUUCACAUUGGGCACGUCAGAUGCUGCAGUGGCAUGCAUGGUUGCGGCGUUCUUCCCUCGUUUCCCCCAUGUAUCGUCGGACAACAAGAACUAUCUUCAAGCCUUCAGACACCUAUGGGUACUUGCGACCGAACCGAGAUGUCUCGUCGCGCGUGAUGUCGAUACGAAAGAGGUCGUCUACCUGCCUGUCAAGCUCAAGGUGAAGGAGGGCAACGAAGUCGGGACAACGCAGAUGAUCGCGCCGACUCUCAUUCCCGAUCUCGACAAGUUGCAGUCCAUACGGGUCGACACGCCUAGGUAUUGGCCAUUCUACCUCGACAUUGCGCACUUCCCCAAGCAUAAGGAGACCCUCCUACGUAGCCAGACCCUGUACGUUAAGCGACGAACAGCCUUCCUGAACUACAGGGAGGAUCCGAAGGGGAGCCGGAGUCUGUUCGUUCGCUCUGGGUCCUCUACCGGAGAUGCGGCGACUCUGGAGUUCCCACAGCUUACGAACUUCAAGACGCAUCCAGCAGGCGACUUGCACCAAUUCAUCUCGUCGUACUCGAACGAUGUCCUUUUCCUCGCAUUCGCCGACCAGUUCUGCCGUGACGACGGAGAAACCGACGCUGAGAAGCUCCUGCAGGCGUACUGCCAUGCAAGCCUGUUCGACAGCAUCUUGCAAGACAAGUCGCAGAUGAUUCAGGCGCAUCUCACGCUCUACCAGCUCCGACACCUAUCACCCGACUCUCAGUACUUCAACCUCCGGAUGCAAGACCUGCGUCUGGCCACAGAUUUCUACAACAGAGUCUACGACCGCCGGUUCAGCGGCCGCUCCGAAAACAACCCCAGACCGCCGCUCAUCCGCGAGUCGACACUCUCCGGCGCUCUCCUGGCACUCGAUCGUCAACUGGACGAAGUCCGCUCCGACGAGAAGUUCCUGGCUAUGCUCGGCAUGUAUGCGCGGGGCGAGGUCCUCCCCAACUUCCCCGUGGGGACCGCAGGAUGGACGCUCUCUCGGAGACUGGCGUGGUACUUGCAACGUAACAGCGCACCUGCGUCUACGUUGCUCAUGCUGCUGAAGCGACUGGCGGAUCAUGCGCAUGAGCAGUGCUUGGGAGCGCCUCCGCCGGAGGGCACGGACAACGGCGUACUGCUGGACCAGGGCAUCAAGGAGGUCCUGCAUGCGACGGGCACGCAGUUGACUACUGCGCUGGGAUCGGCCUGGUCGAUACGGUCGUUGGAUGAGAUAUUACUAGCGUGGAACAGGCCUGCGACUGCAUUCCAUAGUGUUGGCGGCUGA